UUCCCGCUAGCGAAAACCUUGAACGUCAUUGUCGUGUGUACUCUUUUUCUGUUAAUAACGAAAUCAGAAACUAUCCUGGAAUCGAAAUCUUUUCUAUUAGCAACGAUAUAAAAACACGCCCAAAAACAUGGAAAUCUUACAGAAAGUCAUGUCGGGGUUUAGUCUGGAUUUGGGACCUGUGAAAGAGCCACUGGGAUUUAUCCGAAUCCUGGAAUGGAUUUUCACCAUUUGUGCCUUUGCCACCACUGGUGGUUAUGUCGGAUCCACGGUGGUAACUCAUAACUGUGGUAAACACGAAGAUAUUUCUGCUCAUUUUGGAUAUCCUUUUAGGCUCCCAAGUCAGCACUAUGACAUUGCUUAUUGCAAUAAGACAACGAACGCGACCUACCUGCAGGGAGAUUUCUCCUCCUCGGCUGAGUUCUUCGUCGCUGUGGGAGUCUUGGGCUUCCUGUAUUGUACUUUCACCCUCAUCCUGUACUUGGGCUACCAGCAUGUUUACAGGGAGUCUAACCGUGGCCCCACCAUUGAUCUGAUUGUGACUGGGAUCUUUGCGUUCUUGUGGCUGGUGUGCUCCUCAGCCUGGGGAAAAGGCUUAACAGAUGUCAAGUUUGCUACAGAUCCUGAAAGGCUAAUCCAUAACUGUCUGCCUGAUACAUGCACAAUGAAGAGCCACCCCUCUAUGGGCCGUCUCAAUGCCUCUGUGCUUUUUGGAUUCCUAAACCUGAUAUUGUGGGCAGGGAACUGCUGGUUCAUCUACAAGGAGACUCCGUAUCAUAAGCCGGCCAAUCCGCCACCCAACGUAGAGGAAGGAGUUUCCACCUCCUAAUACGACAAGACGGCCUCCUUCCUCUCCUGUCCAUCCGUUCAUCAAGCAGACCACAUCAUCGUUUGUUCAUGCUAAAGCUUUGUUUCUAGCUCCAUGCAUUGCAGUUCACUACAUUAUAAACGCUAUAAGCUGAA